AUGCAUUUUGCUACAACCCCGGUCCUACAUCGUGUCUUGACAGCCAAUUCUAAUCGCCGAGACUCUAUCGUUAUAGGUAUAGUACUAGGCUCUAUAUUACUGUUUCUAGUAACAUUCCAUAUGAUAACCGAUGAGCUGGUCCUCCACUCGGUCUCAUUUGUCGGUACGGUGACCGUUAUUGGGGUUCACACUAUACGGCUCGUUAAUGACCGGACGCUGCCGGGCUCAGCUACCCGGCGAAAGAUUUGGGGAAUGGUUAGGUUCGGAGCAGCGAUUUUCAACCUUGGGUAUUGGCUCUGGCUGGUUGAUCAGUGGGCGUGCGGAUUCUUGACAAAGGCGCGAGAAGCAAUAGGCCUUCCCUAUGCUUUUAUAUUAGAGCUUCACGGGUGGUGGCAUAUCUGUACUGGAAUAGGGGCCUACAUCUUUAUCGCUGUUGUAGAUCACCUGGUCUCCGGUGAGGAUCUGAGCCAGCAGUCAUUCGCCUGGCCUGCUUCCUGGGCGUCGACAUCAAUUUUCGCCGGACGAGGACCCGUGGACAAGGUUAGCGAGAAACAAACGUGA